AUGGAUGCUGACCUGCCGAUGACACCUUCAAUCUCUCGGAACGCCGCAGAAUAUGUUCAAAAGCUGACACAACACUACAACACUCACCUCGAGGGGGAACUGAAUCGGGGAAUGAAAAAGCUCGUCAAUCAAUACGAAACCUUCAGGGAAAGAAUGCGGGAUAAACUCGUGUCCGAAACGCCAAGCCGAUUUCCCUCUGAUGAGAAAGGGUCUAUCGUUGCUCAAAUUGAGAGAACCUUUCUCUGCAACGUCAGCAACUUCUCUCUCGAACAGGGUCAAGGGCUUUUCUUCUCUGCCUUGGAGUAUGCCCCCUCAAAGCGACCGAUGUUCACUACACCGCCUGAACUUCGUCAGCCUAGUGAAACUUCGAUAGUGUCAUCAGACGGGCUUUCUUCAAAAAAGACUGAAAAGACCACAGAGCCUCACUUGGAAUCUCGGAAUCCUUCCCCCCAAGUGCCUAGUCAUGACCGUCUAGACUUGAAUAAGAGACGCAGGCGGAAUCAUAGCCUUGAGAACUUGGAAGAUACACAGACACAUAGAUCAUCCCCUGCGUCAUCGACCAAGAAGCCGCUCCAAAGAACGAUUCCCAAGAGCGGCCGUCAGAAGCUUAUAUUGAAGAAACAGAACAACAAGCGCUUCCAACGUUCUAGACAGAAGAAUGUAGCAUGCACCUUGACGUCGUCAAUCACAGUAUACUACCCCAAGAACUUUGUCUUUUCUUACACACUCAAUGACGACACAAGUUUCUACAUUCUUUCUUGCCCAAAGAUGAGCAAAGGCUGCCAUGAUCCAAUCUUCAAUAGUGAUCCCUUUGAAGAUGGUCUAGCAACUGCGCACUUCAAGAAUUGCGGCAUCGCUUUUACCAGCGACGACGAGAUUGUUCGUACAUACGCUCGGCGAGUCAAAUCGCCACGGAACGCCCCAGUCAAGCAGAGCUGGGUGAAGGAACACAACGACGGACUGAAAGCCGGAAAACCAUCAAGUCCGCAGAACCCUGCCCAGAUCAGUACCUGUCAUGGUAUCCCCGUAUGCGGGAAGGAGACGAAGGGUAAACCUGGCGGGACUGAAAGUAACAAAGACUCUAGCUUCGAGCCUGAAUCAGACGAUCACAGAGACGAGUUGGCUAUGGGGUCACACUAUGGCAUGGAUUGA